UCUUCUCCGGUGGCGGUUCUAUGGAGCAGCAAACCUCUCACUGACAAGCAUUUCUGCAACCGCAGCUAAAAUAUCUUCUUCUUCUUCUUCCUUCACCAAUUCAACAUCUUUCAUCAUCUGGCUGUAACCCAAAAGAGAUCUCCGAUUGUUUUCGGUCAAACUUCCAAUAACGCACUCCAUGGAUUUGAUUUUCCUCCCACAGACCAAUUGCAUCUCUUCUCCGAUUCGUCCGACUCCCGAACGCCCUAUCUCCCUUCUUACCGCGGGUUCUCUUCUCUUCCGCAGGAGCACCAGGAAUUGCAGCUCAAUUACUCACAAAAACUACUUUUGCGCAGCUUCGAGUUCAGACACCGUAGUUGCCGGUUCUCGUAAUGAAGAACGUAAGGUGUCUAGUAAGAAGGAAGACGAGGUCACUGACUUGAAAUUGUGGAUGCACAAAAACGGUCUACCUCCUUGCAAGGUUGUUCUCAAUGAAAGGCCAUCCAACGAUGAAAAACUUUGUCCCAUUCAUUAUGUUGCUGCCAGUGAGGAUCUUCAGGCAGGGGAUAUUGCAUUCUCUGUACCAAAUUCGUUGGUUGUGACGCUUGAGAGGGUUCUUGGGAAUGAGACCAUUGCGGAGCUGCUAACUACAAACAAGUUGUCAGAAUUAGCUUGCUUGGCUCUUUAUCUAAUGUAUGAGAAGAAGCAAGGAAAGAAGUCUUUCUGGUAUCCAUAUAUCAGGGAGCUUGACCGUCAAAGAGGAAGGGGCCAGAUGGCCGUCGAAUCGCCUCUCCUGUGGUCAGAAACUGAACUGGAUUAUCUUACGGGUAGCCCCACCAAGGCUGAAGUUCUGGCAAGGGCAGAAGGGAUUAAGAGAGAGUAUAAUGAACUUGAUACUGUUUGGUUUAUGGCUGGAUCUCUCUUUCAGCAAUAUCCAUAUGACAUACCAACUGAAGCUUUUCCUUUUGAGAUUUUUAAGGAAGCUUUUGUUGCAGUACAGUCUUGUGUUGUGCAUUUACAGAAAGUCAGUUUGGCUCGUAGAUUUGCAUUGGUUCCUCUUGGUCCCCCAUUGCUAACUUAUAGAAGCAACUGCAAGGCAAUGUUAACUGCUGUAGAUGAUACUGUUCAAUUAGUUGUUGAUCGAUCAUACAAGGCCGGGGAAUCAAUUCUUGUCUGGUGUGGGCCACAACCAAAUUCAAAAUUGCUUUUAAACUAUGGCUUUGUUGAUGAUGAUAAUUCAUAUGACCGCUUGGUAGUUGAGGCAUCAUUAAAUACUGAAGACCCACAGUAUCAAGAAAAGAGAAUGGUUGCUCAAAGAAAUGGAAAGCUAUCUGUACAAGUGUUUCAUGUCUAUGUGGGAAAAGAGAGGGAAGCUAUUACUGAUAUGCUUCCUUAUUUAAGAUUAGGAUAUGUUUCAGAUCCUUCAGAAAUGCAUUCAGUUAUAUCAUCGCAAGGUCCAGUAUGUCCGGUGAGCCCUUGCAUGGAACGUGCAGUUUUGGAUCAACUUGCUAACUAUUUCACAACCAAACUAGGCAAUUACCCAACUACUCUUAUUGAAGACGAAUUGUUGCUGGGAGAUUGUAAUUUGAAUGCAAGAAAGCUAGUUGCUACUCAGCUUGUCAGAUUGGAAAAGAAAAUGCUAACAGCAUGCUUGCAGGCAACAGUUGACUUGAUUAAUCAACUACCUGAUAACACUUUAUCACCAUGUCCAGCACCUUAUGCCCCCAAAUUGAAAUAGAAGUUUCCAAUUUCCUCAUCUUCUUUUAGAUGUGUACAUUAUGACACUGAUUGGAUAUGGAGGUUAUAUACAAGGUAGAUGAUCUAUAGUAGAAUGAAAUCGUUUCUUAAGUGAAAACCACACUGUCUAUCUAGAUCUCACCUACUAGCUGGUAUGAAAGGCAUCCAUCAAAUGCUUUAUCCUUUUGUCCAUGUUGGAGCUGUAAAGUGACUGCUAUAUAAUUGUGUUUUUCUUUUCUCUCCUAUCUUUGUGGCAGCCCUUGUAUGGGAGGAGUUGGCCAUUCUUUGUAAAUUGGUUAACAUUAAUUGCGUUCUCCCUUAACAUCGCAAUGAACAAAAUCAGGAAUUCAAUAAGAACUAUGAGUCUUCGUUAAGCCUCUAUAACAAAGUUUCAUUUUUCAGCA